AUGGAAACAAAAAUAAGUGUUGUGAAACCGGAAGUAGCUAAAAAGAAGCCACAGUUGAGGCGCAACGAAAACCAGAAGAAAAAACAGAAGGAUUUGUACUCUGCAAAAACCUUGCCAGAAAAACCGAAGUGUCAACACAACAAAAAGGCUGUAUACAAAUGUGAAACGUUAACUUCAAACGACAUUUUUUACUUUCAUAAAAGGUUUUACACUCAUCCUAACAAAAUUAGUCAAGAUAAUUAUAUUUUGCAACAUUUAGUUUUGAACCCUGUUAAAAGGAAACGCGCAAGAACAAAUUCUCGAAAUGGACGCACUUUUACAAAGCAGUAUUUUACUAUAACGAAACGUGGCAAAGCUAUAUCUAGAAUUCAACCGGAUAGAAUAGAAGCAUCUUUUAAUGUUAAAAGUGAAAAAUUAACUGACGUUAAAAAACUUCUUGAAAAGCAUUUUGGUGAUGCCUGGAGAGAGUUACCUGACUUAGAGUAUUACAAAAAUGUAUUGACUCAAAAUGAAAACUUGCCACAACAAGACGAUGAUAAUGCAGUAAAUGAUGAUGCUGAAUACCUACCAGAUGAAAUCUUGGAUUUUGUGUAA